AUGGCAAUUCCAAGUGACGCUUCGUCUAUCACCGUUGCAGUUAGAGUGAGGCCUUUCACAAUCAGGGAGGCGGCACAGAUCUCAAAAUGUGAAGACGGUCCUCUCUUCCUUGGAGAUGGCUCUUUGGCUGGAGCACCAACACCAAAGCUCAACCAGAAGGGAAUUCGAUCGAUUAUCAAGGUUAUCGAUGAUAGGUGCCUAGUCUUCGACCCUCCGGAAGACAGCCCGGUACAGAAGUUCUCGAAAAGUGUUGUCCCCAACGGCAAACGCGUUAAAGACCAGACUUUUGCCUUCGACCGUAUCUUUGACCAGAAUGCUUCCCAAGGAGAGGUGUAUGAAGCGACAACACGCACGCUUCUCGACAGCGUUCUUGAUGGUUACAACGCCACAGUCUUCGCAUAUGGUGCGACUGGAUGUGGAAAGACCCAUACAAUUACCGGAACGGCCCAGCAGCCUGGUAUAAUCUUUAUGACUAUGCAAGAGUUGUUUGAGCGUAUCGACGAAAGAUCGGGAGAGAAGGCGACAGAAAUUUCUCUCUCGUACCUAGAAAUCUACAACGAAACUAUCCGUGACCUCCUUGUCCCUGGUGGCAGCAAAGGAGGCUUGAUGCUGCGGGAAGACUCAAAUAAAUCGGUUUCAGUAUCUGGGCUGUCAAGCCACCAUCCCCAAAAUGUGCAGCAGGUGAUGGAUAUGAUCAUGAAGGGUAAUGAGUGUCGCACAAUGUCCCCAACAGAGGCCAACGCCACCUCUUCACGGUCACAUGCAGUUCUUCAAAUCAAUAUUGCCCAAAAGGAUCGCAACGCUGAUGUCAAUGAGCCUCACACAAUGGCAACACUGAGCAUCAUUGAUCUUGCUGGUAGUGAGCGUGCAAGUGCAACGAAGAACAGAGGCGAGAGAUUGUUCGAAGGUGCGAAUAUUAACAAAUCGCUCCUCGCGUUAGGUAGCUGCAUUAACGCUCUCUGUGACCCCCGAAAACGGAAUCAUGUUCCAUACAGAAAUUCGAAGCUCACUCGGCUCUUGAAGUUCUCAUUGGGCGGCAAUUGCAAGACAGUAAUGAUUGUCUGUGUUAGCCCCUCCAGCCAGCAUUUCGACGAGACCCAAAACACCUUGCGUUAUGCCAACAGAGCGAAGAAUAUCCAAACCAAGGUUACGAGGAAUGUGUUCAAUGUCAACCGUCACGUGAAGGACUUCCUGGUGAAGAUCGACGAACAAAUGAAUCUAAUUAACGAACUUAAAGCUCAACAGAAAGACUACGAGAGAAUCGCUUUUGCGAAGUUUAAGAAGCAAACGGAAAAGAAAGACGCAGUUGUCCGCGAAGGAAUCUCUCGUAUCCGAAAUGCUUAUGAGCACUCACUGCCUGAGAGGCAGGAAAGGACUGCAAACAUGCUCAAGUCAAGACAGAUUAGCCGCAGGAUCGGUAUACUGUCUUCGUGGAUUGCUGCUUUUGACAGCGUAUGUGCGAAUUCCGAGAAUGAGGUGCCCUUAGCGAAUCUUCAAGCCAUUCGCAAAACGGCACAAGGUGUUCUCCUUGAGUUGGAGAGUAGUAGGCAGCAUUACCACCAACGGCUGGCUAGGAGCACUUGGGACAGAGGCAUUAACUCGGCCGUUGAGCACGCCGUUCGUCAACUCCACGACUUUGGAAUCAACGAUAACGGUGACCUUGCCAACCUUCAUCGCGAAGCAGAGCUCCUGAAAUCAAACACAGAGCGUGAUGCUUUUUCGGCGGUAGCGGAACAGGAGAAGGCAGGGGAAGCGGAAACCGUACAGCUACUGCUUCAGGCUCAAUUCGAGGCCAUAUCUGCAAUUGAGGAUAUCAUGCAAAUGAGCGAAGAGGAAGCUGUUGAGGCGGGCAAGAGUAUUCUUUCUAAGAUGCUUGACUCCUGCUCUACUGCAACAUCUAGUCUUGUGAAACCAGAUGGCAGCUUACCGGCAGCUCAGCCAUUCAGCCCUUCCAAAGCCAUGUCCCCCAAGCCGAAGAAGAGAGUGAGUCUUGCAGCACUACCUGCUGGCAAGACUCUCGCUGCACCUAUCAGCUUGGCAUCGACAGCACCUGCCUCGCCCGGCAAGGGAUCGCCCCGACGCCGUAGGUUGGGGGGUGGCCGGAAGAGCGUCACAUUCUCACCCAAGAAGCCUCAGGCCAAGUCAACAAAACGAAGCGUACGUUGGAAGGAUGACGAGCAAGACGGUUCUUUGGCUGAGUUUCAGAAGACACCACAAAAGCCGCGGGCACAACUUUUCCCCGAAGGCCCCCAAGGCAGUCCCACUACACCAGCAGUCCCGCAUCGGACAACAAGGAAAGCUGGAAGGCAAACAAAGACGACGCCAUCCGGAUCAGUUCGGCGAUGA